GCACGUGCCUCAUUAGAGUCCCACUCAUUCCCUCGCUGUCGCCGGGCUCUCCUGAGGUCCUCUAGUCGGCUUCCGAAUCGAUCAUGUUUGGGGGUCUCUCGUCGGAGGUGCAGCCCCUGCAGGGGGGAAGCGAGCUCGUCCAGCCAGCGCCGCCCGGGCCGCCCCCCGGUGCCGCCCCCGAGGACCCGCUCGAGAAGGUGAAGCGCCCCAUGAACGCCUUCAUGGUGUGGUCCAGCGCCCAGCGGCGCCGGAUGGCCCAGGAGCAUCCCAAGAUGCACAACUCGGAGAUCUCCAAGCGGCUGGGCGCCCUCUGGAAGCGGCUGGCCGACGGCGAGAAGCGGCCCUUCAUCGACGAGGCCAAGCGGCUGCGGGCGCGCCACAUGAAGGACUACCCGGACUACAAGUACCGGCCCCGGCGCAAGGGCGCCAAAGCCCGCGACAAGAGCCUGGCCGCUCCGCGCUGCUCCUGGGCUGCCUACGCCCCCCGGCAGGCCGCCCCCGCCGCCGCGGGCCCCCCUGGCUACGCCCCCGGAGCCCCUCGCUACGACCUUCCCUGCGCUGCCGCCGCCGCCGCCGCCUACGGGAGCUGCACGACGCCCUACAGCCUGGCCUAUGGCGCCCCGUCGCCCCCUGUGAUGGCCACGAUGGCGAAGCUGGAGCAGCCGCUGGGCGACUUCCACGAGAUGAUGGCUGCCUACGGCCUGCAGGGCUGCGAUGUUGCCGACGAGACGUCCCCCGCCUACUGCCUCGCCCAGCCCCACUACCAGCCCUUGGGGUUCAACAGCACAGCCCCCCUGACCCACCUCUAAGGGCGGCGGCGGCGGCGGCGGAGGAGAGACUGUUGCCACAUGCGGGCAUGGCAACGUGUGUACAAACUGGGGGGUGGGGGUUGGCAUAGUCGCGGGUUUUUUCCAUGCAAGGCCAGGGGAGUGUGUCAGAUGAAGGAAACGGUGUGAGUCUGUGUGUGUCGAGAGUGUCAGCAGAGGAGGGGGGGACCAUGCAGAGGAGCUUGCAGGAUGAGCCCCUCUCUGGAGCCCAGCUUGAGGGGGUGUUGUGGGGGAAAGGGGGACUCUGUUUGGCAACAGGGGUUGCUGUUGCUGUUGCGACUAAUUUUUUAAACACGUUUAAAAUGACAAUAAACCUUAUUUGCAGAAACAGCCUGCCAAAUGGA